ACUGCCCACCAUAAAUUUGUUAGAUAGCAUUUGAUUAAGCUAUCAUCUGACCCAGAAAACUCAAAGUGUCCCUACUUCAACCCCCUGUUGCCUGUUGGUGUCCAAAGAGGAAAAAAAGCAAAAUAACUUCUUUCUAGUUUUCUUGAAUCUUUCUUGGUUUUUUGUGGUGAAAGCAAGCUAAAGCUAAGACCUUUUUUAGUUCAUCUUCUUGUGUCAACUGAUCAAACAGAGAGAGAGAGAGAGAGAUGGAUAUGGUGUAUUACCCAGUUGGGAGAGGUUCUUAUGAUGACUAUUUUAAGCUCCUGGAGGCUGAUGUGCAGCAUGCCAAUGCUCUGGCUGCUGCGGUUCCAAGAGGAAAGGAUGGUGCUCGUCUUCAAAUGAAGUUGGUAUACAAUGAUUUGGCGCCUUUCUUUUUGUUUCUGCUACAGUGGAUCGACUCUUCUUGCACAUGUCUACUUCCCAGAUAUUUAAAUCUUUUCGAAAUUCUCGUGUAUAAGGUAUACACAGAUGGAAGGCGUACUGUAUCUGCAUGUGGUAGGAGGGCAACUGUUGAUGACUUCUAUGCUGUUAUAUUGCCAUCUCUUCUGGGUCUCAAUAAUAUGGUGGAGAUGGAUAUCACAAGGGAUGAGAAGCCUGGGACAGAGAUCAUCAGCAAGGAGAGACUGCAUGGUGGCAUUAGUUCAUCAAAGCUAGAGUUUGAGAGAGAAGCUGAAUGCGGGAUUUGCUUAGAGCCUUGUGCGAAGAUUGUUUUGCCUACUUGCUGUCAUGCCAUGUGCAUUAACUGCUAUCGUGAUUGGAACGCGAGAUCAAAGGCAUGCCCCUUUUGCCGUGGUAACAUAAAGAGAGUCAUGUCGAGGGAUUUAUGGGUUCUCACUUGUGGAGAUGAUGUAGUUGAAACCGAUACAGUUCUGAAGGAGGAUUUACGACGGUUCUACCUGUAUAUUAGCAAGUUGCCUAAAGAUACACCAGAUUCGCUUUUCUUUAUGAACUAUGAAUACCUAAUUUGAUCUGAAUGAAGUCAAGAAAAAUGGUGUACAGAUAGAAAAAGCCGACCUGUAAUUCUAUAAAUGUACAUAGAGUCUGGCUAGGUACUAUAUAGAGUAAUAGCUCAAUCGUACCUGGUGGAAAUUGAUAAAUGCCAUUGUAAUACAUUUAUGAAAAUCCAUUAAGAACAGAUAAGUUCUCUCAUACACUUCUCUUGUCAAAAAUGAUCGUGAAUAUACCUUUAUAUCUAA